UACAAAAUAUCCAGGAUGAACUUUGUUCGGGUGAGACCAAACAGCCCGGGUUAAAGUCCAAAUGAAACACAGCAGCACACUUGGAAACUUUUUUUAUUACUAUUAUUAUUUUUUACAUUGACAAUGGAGAUUCCCAUUUUUAUAGUGGAUGCCUUUGCCGACUCGCCAUUUAAGGGGAACCCAGCAGCUGUUUGUCUUUUAAAACAUGAGCUGUGUGAUGAAUUGUAUCAGAAGAUUGCAGCAGAGAUGAAUUUAUCAGAAACCGUCUUCAUCUCUACAAUCAAACCUUUGGAGGAUUUCACAAAGGGCUCAAGGUUCCGGCUGCGUUGGUUCACACCGAGCACAGAGGUCAAUCUGUGUGGUCAUGCCACUCUGGCCUCUGCUGCUGUCCUCUUCAAACACAAGAAGAAUUUGAAUUCUACUGUGGUGUUCGAGACCAGGAGUGGCGAUCUGUCUGUUGUGCAGCAGGGAGAAGAUUUGGUGAUGGAUUUCCCCCUCAACGUACCCACCAAGCAGGCUGCAGCUCAUUUUAAAGACCUGACCGAGGCUGCAGUAGGAGACCAUCCAGUCCAGGAUGUUUACCUUUGCUCCAACACUAAAAAACUUCUGGUCCGACUGGCCGACACCUGUGACAGGUCGGUGCUGACCAGUCUUCAAGUCAGCCCCGACGUCCUCCUAAGAAGCGAAAAGAGCGGAUUAGUCAAAGGCCUCAUAGUCACCACGAAAGGAUCUCCAGACUGCCAGCCAGCAUACGACUUCUAUUCCAGAUAUUUUGCCCCUUGGAAUGGAAUCCCAGAGGAUCCCGUCACUGGUUCUGCACACACUGUCCUGGGUAGCUACUGGUCGAAGGAACUGGGAAAGAAGAAAAUGCUCGCACUCCAGUGUUCCAGGCGAGGCGGAGAGCUGCAGCUGGAGGUGCGAGAUGACAGAAGAAUUAACAUCGCGGGAAAGAGCGUCACCGUGCUCCGGGGAACCAUCACGUUGUAGACAACCUGCAGAGAACGACACCGGCGGAAUACCGUACAAUCCGCAGUAAUUGAAAACGACACCCCCGCUGAGAGGGUUAUAGAUUCGUCACAAGUUUUAUUAUCCAAGAGGGUCACAGAAAAAAAAAAAAAAAAAAAGACACUACAGAAAAUAGAAUCACAGACGAGCACCCAAGAGUAAAUGGGCAAAAUGUAAAAAAUAAAUCACAAGUUAGAAAAAUAGUCACAUUUGGGCCAGAAACUGUCAGUUUUGUACGUCAUCAUCACAUUGGAUCUUAGACUACCAGCAAUU